AAUGCUAGCGAGGGGGGCCGAGUCUGGAGGGCUGCUUAAAACUCGACUGCAGGUUUUCAGAUGGAGGGCAGACAGUAGAACUCGCUCUAGUUUUUCCCUUUUUUUGCUCGUCCUCCCCAGCAUGCAUGGCUUUUCUUUCUAGCAGAGGGGACAGAGUUGAAGCAGAGAAAAGCACUUACUUUACACACUGUACUUGGAGCCAUUUGUAAGAGUGAGCGCACAGCGUGCCGCUCAGUCUGCACUCUGCAGCCAACACAGACUGUGUUCAGUCACCACACGGCUGAAGUGAUUUUAUAACCCAGACGGGAAGAGACUGAUAACGGGGUUACACAGAGAAGAGUGGCCCGCACCUACAGAACCUGGAAAUAAACUUUUUUUUAUUACACAUCCAGCCUUUUAAAGGCUACUCUGGACUGUUCGAGUGUACAGCACAUCUCAGGAGUGAAUUAUUUCUGCGCCUUUUUUCAUUCUCUCAGCUCAAACUGUGAAGAGAGAGAGCGAGAGAGAGGGACAAAAUAGCUGAGUUUGCUUUAAAGUGAACCCGACGACCACGGGGAGAGAGAGGGAGAGAAGGAACAAGUUCACCCGCUCUCCCUCUGUGUAACUGGGCUGCGAUGGUGCAGAAAAUGAGCCACACAGAGAGCACCGCUGAGGCGCUGCACUUUUUCGCCGGGGACUCGAGCUCCGACUCCGGGGCGUGCAUGGAUCUGGACGCCGCCGCGUCUCCCCUCUCACCGGGCUCCACAGCCUCGUCCACCGGCGGGGACAAGCUGGGAGAAAACCCGGCGUGGUGUAAAACUCCGAGCGGCCACAUCAAGAGACCCAUGAACGCGUUUAUGGUGUGGUCUCAAAUCGAGAGGAGAAAGAUCAUGGAGCAGUCUCCAGACAUGCACAACGCCGAGAUCUCCAAGCGGCUGGGGAAGCGGUGGAAGCUGCUCAGAGACAGCGACAAGAUCCCCUUCAUCAGAGAGGCGGAGCGGCUCAGGCUCAAGCACAUGGCGGACUAUCCCGACUACAAGUACCGGCCAAGGAAGAAGGUGAAAUCGAGCGCCUCUAAGCCGGGAAGCAACGGAGACAAGGGGGAGAAACUCAGCAGUAGCUCUAGCAACACCAGCACUAAAACAUCCUCAUCUUCAAGAAAGAAUGGAUCAAAAUCACCCAGCAGCAGCAGCAGCAGCAAAACCCACAAAUCACUUUUCGGGAGCAGCAGCAGCAGCAGUAGCACCAAAGCAUCACCGUUUGCCUCUGAACAGCAGUCAGAGCACCACCACAACUCACUCUACAAGUCCAAAUCUGUCUCCUCAGCCAAGCACAUACCGGAUGCCAAGAAGCCUAAGCGGGUGUAUGUGUUCGGCAGCAGCGCGGCCAGCCUGAGCGUCAGCCCCCCGUCCUCCGUGGUGGUCCCCGCCAGUCCCACGCUCAGCAGCUCGGCGGAGUCCAGCGACCCGCUCAGCCUGUAUGAGGACGCGGGCAGCGGCAGGGAGGAGGCGACAGACUCCCAUGGCAGCAGCAGCAGCAGCAGCGGCCUGGGCGGUUCUUCGGAGCGCCGCGGCGGGCACACAUACAACAGUCGGCGGGCUUCCUCACCGACUCCCUCCGGUUCUCACUCUUCCUGCGCCUCGUCCCACUCCUCCUCUUCUUCUUCCUCGGAGGAUGAAGAGUUUGAAGACGACUUGCUCGACAUCAACCCGAGCCCCAGCUUCGACAGCAUGUCGCUGGGGAGCUUCGGCUCCUCGGUGCUGGACAGGGACUUGGAUUUAAACUUUGAGUCUGGCUCCGGGGGCUCCCACUUCGAGUUCCCCGACUACUGCACGCCCGAAGUCAGCGAGAUGAUCUCCGGUGACUGGCUGGAGUCUACCAUCUCUAACCUGGUGUUCACUUAUUGAGUCAGACCUCAUCGUGUCCUGUAAGCAAAAAAUAAAUACAAAAGAUAUGACCACAAACAGAAACACGGAGCCAGGUAACGUGGGUGUAAUAGUUAAGUGUGUUAACUACACCAGACUAGUAAAAACCCCACUCAAACCAGCCACCGUCCCUUGUCAAGGCGCUACAAGUCCUGGGAAAGUUUAACUUUAAUGUGAACAACGUGCUUUUGCGUGGACCGUGGGACUUCUGAGUACACGCGUCAAAGUGGAGGGACAGCAAAACAAGACUCACUCACUCACACACAACACACACACAUAGAGCGAGAGAGAGAGGCUUUCCCCCCCGUCUGUGAGACGCUCUGUUCCGGACUGUUUAUGACGAACUGAACUUUAACUGUGAUUGAUUUGCACGUAACGCGGUCCGCCGUUCACUUAAUAAUCAAUGUUGUUUUAAAGGGACAUUUCAAAAAAAAGUUUCUAACCAAUCGCCAAGUGAACUUCACCACUAAAAAGGUACCGAAACAGGACUUUCGUGCAACAAUUUCUUUUGUGAUGUGUCAACAAAAGGACAUUUUUUUUAGAUGAAACCGAGGUGGGUUGAUGUUUUCCUUCAAAGUCUGAUAUUUUCUCAAAAGCAAAAAACGUGUAAAGCAUGAUAGCCUACUUUGUUCCUAUCUUGUGCUGAGAUUUUCCGUAAGACUGUCGAGCUUUUUUUUAUUCUAAAAAAAACAAACUAGUAUUAGGGUUAUUUAAGUGGAUAGGUGGCGCUCGCUUCAGAUCUUCUCUUUUUUUGGGGGAAGAGGACAUUGAAAUAAUCACCAGCUGUUGUAAUUUUUCAAACUUCAGGACUCAAACGCAACUUCAAAUCUGUGCUGAACUUUAUAAACGAGUUCUUUAUGAUUCAGGACCAAAUUUCUUUGAUGUUGAUUUCAGAUGAUUUUACAGAGAAAUCCUCACUGAUUUUUUUUGUCAUCCUCUGAGCUUUGUUUUGUACAUGUAUUCAGAUGCCAUUUUAUAUGGGAUGUUGUAUUUAUAUAAUGGGCCAAGUGUUUUUGACUUGAUCAUUUUUUUAUUUCUUGUAUACAUGAUCUAAUCUUGUUUUGUUUUGUUUUUUUCUUACACAGUUGUCUGUAUGUCUGUCACAUUUCCUUCUCAGGCGAAGGGCUAGAGUUUUAAAAACACAAGUUUUGAUUUCUUUUUUAUAUUUAAAUGUACACACUUUUGGACACUUAAAAAAAGAGAGGAAACAGUUUGAUUAUUUUCUCAGUGUAUUUUUGUACAAAUCUAUAUAGAAAAAUGGGGGAGUCAACAAUCGGUGUGUGUAGCCUAUUAAUACAGCUGUAUUGGAUUUCCUCAUUUUUUAUACCCCGGCAGGCUGGUUUUCAUGCUGCCUUCAAGUUCUCAUAACAAGCUUGUACAUGUGAAUUUCGUUGCCUGUCGUGAUGCUUUUGCGAGCACAGCCAGCAAAAAAAAAAAACUUACAUCACAUUGUUGCCUUUUGUUUGACUUAAAAAAAAAAAAAAGUAAAGGCACCAACCAACUCAAGUGACCUAUCACAGCAGAUCAUUAGAGAUCAGGUAUGCAAUUGGUGUUUUAGGUCAGCAAUUUGGCACUCAGUGAGAUUGACUUUAACCAGCAAAAGCUGAUGGGAUGUCCAUCCCUGAACGUCCCUGAUUAGAAUGCGCAUGAAACGCAGCUAUACAAAACGCUUUUCUGAUUUCCAAUAGCACUUGAAGGCAGCACCAGUCUUUGUCUCAGCCUACUUUCUACGUUUACAGUGCUGUUCUGCAGGAUCCUUAAAGACACAGGAACACGUUAUUUCUGGAGGCUAUUCCUGUGGACCCUGUGGGUUUAACAGGUCACUUAUCUUGAGCAGCCACUUGUUCAUUCUUUUCUUUUCUUUUCAUUUCCUGCGAGAUAUCUUGCCUAUGACAACAGAUGAGGAGAUUGUAGCUUUACAUUUGACUUAUUUCUUGAUGUUUUCAUUAACUGAUGUCAAAUUUUGCCAAUCAACCACUGGAUUGAACAGGCUAUCAAUAUAGCAAGCAAACAAGGAUGAUAACAUCAAGCAUAUUCAAAUUUCUGACUUGAGUUCCGCAAACACCUACUUGUACUGCGUUUCUCAUUGUAUUUGAAUAUAUAUAAUCUUUUCUACUUGUCAGCUAACAUUAGCUAAUAAUUGUUUUAGUAUCUUUAUGGCAUGGUGAAUAGCAUUUGUAUUUCAGAUUCAGGUUAUUAGCUGUUGUGUUUUUCAGAAAAAAAAAUGAAAAAUAGGGAAAAAAGUAUGAAACGUGAACUCGAUCUUUGUAUAUUUGACUGUAUCAUAAAGCAAAAAGAUUGUGUGUUUAUGUAUGUUGUUGCUCUUGAGGACAGGCACUGUCUAGAACUGCUAUCUUUUACACAUCCUUACUUACAUUUAAGGUGGUCAGUUCAGGACUCUUUUUUUAUAUAUAUAUAAAAGCAUUUUUAAAUAUAUUAACUUUAUUUUUCAUCCAUCCUGUGCAAUAUGCUGUGUAGAAUUAUCAUUUAUUGUCUCUAAUCAUGCCAUAAACAAAGGACCCGCCCUUUUUUUGAGACUCAGAGAAAGGGGGGGUGACUCAUGCCAGCUAAAUUGUGUCCAUUCACUGCCUGUCAGAUUGUUGAUAUAAACUUGUGUACAGAACUUUUUCAAGGAAGGAUAAUAAAUAUCAGCUGGAACUGAAA